AUGUCCUCCGCUGUCGUGCAUAGCGACGACCUCAUGGAGCCCACGCUCCAGUCGGUUGUCAACCAGAAAACCUUGCGCUGGAUCUUCGUCGGUGGUAAGGGAGGUGUCGGCAAGACUACGACCUCCUGCUCGCUUGCGAUUCAGCUGGCCAAAGUCCGCAAGUCCGUUCUGCUUAUUUCCACCGACCCCGCACACAACCUGAGCGAUGCCUUUGGACAGAAGUUUGGAAAGGAGGCUCGACUGGUCGAUGGCUAUACCAAUUUGAGCGCCAUGGAGAUCGACCCCAAUGGCAGUAUCCAGGACCUUUUGGCUAGUGGUGAAGGCCAGGGAGAUGAUCCUUUGUCCGGGAUGGGUGUGGGCGGCAUGAUGCAGGAUCUGGCUUUCAGCAUCCCCGGUGUUGACGAAGCCAUGUCCUUCGCUGAGGUCUUGAAGCAAGUCAAGUCCCUGUCCUACGAGGUUAUCGUUUUCGACACUGCGCCCACCGGCCACACUCUCCGCUUCCUCCAAUUCCCCACCGUCCUCGAGAAGGCUCUCGCGAAACUGUCGCAGCUGUCCUCCCAGUUUGGCCCUAUGCUCAACUCCAUUCUGGGCUCCCGUGGAGCUUUGCCCGGCGGUCAGAAUAUCGACGAGCUGUUGCAGAAGAUGGAGUCUCUCCGGGAGACGAUUAGCGAGGUGAACUCCCAGUUCAAGGAUGCCGACCUUACCACCUUCGUCUGCGUCUGCAUCGCUGAGUUCCUGUCUCUGUACGAAACCGAGCGCAUGAUUCAGGAGUUGACCAGCUACAACAUCGACACCCAUGCUAUCGUCGUCAACCAACUGUUAUUCCCCAAGCAGAGCAGCGCGUGCGAACAGUGUAACGCACGCAGAAAGAUGCAGAAGAAGUACCUUGAGCAGAUCGGGGAACUCUACGAGGACUUCAACGUUGUCCGGAUGCCUUUGUUGGUUGAGGAAGUCAGAGGAAAGGAGAAGCUUGAGAAGUUUAGCGACAUGCUUGUGAACCCAUAUGUUCCCCCGGAGGGCAACUAA